AUGGUGUUCUUUAGAUUCACAAUUAAGGAGAAUUUAAAAGAAUUUGUUAACUUCAGUGAUAUAGAGAAUUUAGAAGAAUUUGUUAACUUCAGUGAUAUAGAGAAUUUAAAAGAAUUUGUUAGCUUCAGUGAUAUAGAGAAUUUAGAAGAAAUUGUUAACUUCAGUGAUAAAGAGAAUUUGAGAAAAGAAUUUAUUAACUUCAGUGAUAUAGAGAAUUUGAGAGAAGAAUUUGUUAACUUCAGUAAUAUAGAGAAUUUAGAAGAAUUUGUUAACUUCAGUGAUAUAGAGAACUUGAAAGAAGAAUUUGUUAACUUCAGUGAUAUAGAGAAUUUGAGAAAAGAAUUUGUUAACUUCAGUGAUAUGGAGAAUUUAAAAGAAUUUGUUAACUUUAAGAAUUUGAGAGAAGAAUUUGUUAACUUCAGUGAUAUAGAGAAUUUGAGAGAAGAAUUUGUUAACUUCAGUGAUAUAGAGAAUUUGAGAGAAGAAUUUGUUAACUUCAGUGAUAUAGAGAAUUUAGAAAAAUUUGUUAACUUUAGUGAUAUAGAGAAUUUAAAUGAACUUGUUAACUUCAGUGAUAUAGAGAAUUUAAAAGAAUUUGUUAACUUCAGUGAUAUAAAGAAUUUAAAAGAAUUUGUUAACUUCAGUGAUAAAGAGAAUUCGAGAGAAGAAUUUGUUAACUUCAGUGAUAUAGUGAAUUUGAGAGAAGAAUUUGUUAAUUUCAGUGAUAUAGAAAAUUUAGAAGAAUUUGUUAACUUCAGUGAUAUAGAGAAUUCGAGAGAAGAAUUUGUUAACUUCAGUGAUAUAAAGAAUUUAAAAGAAUUUGUUAAUUUCAGUGAUAUAGAGAAUUUGAUAGAAGAAUUUGUUAACUUCAGUGAUAUAGUGAAUUUGAGAGAAGAAUUUGUUAAUUUCAGUGAUAUAGAAAAUUUAGAAGAAUUUGUUAACUUCAGUGAUAUAGAGAAUUCGAGAGAAGAAUUUGUUAACUUAAGUGAUAUAAAGAAUUUAAAAGAAUUUGUUAACUUCAGUGAUGAAGAGAGUUCGAGAGAAGAAUUUGUUAACUUCAGUGAUAUAGAGAAUUUAAGAGAAUUUGUUAAUUUCAGUGAUAUAGAGAAUUUGAGAGAAGAAUUUGUUAACUUCAGUGAUAUAGUGAAUUUGAGAGAAGAAUUUGUUAAUUUCAGUGAUAUAGAAAAUUUAGAAGAAUUUGUUAACUUCAGUGAUAUAGAGAAUUCGAGAGAAGAAUUUGUUAACUUAAGUGAUAUAGAGAAUUCAGAAGAAUUUGUUAACUUAAGUGAUAUAGAGAAUUUAGAAGAAUUUAUUAACUUCAGUGAUAUAGAGAAUUUGAGAGAAGAAUUUGUUAAUUUCAAGAAUUUAGAAGAAUUUGUAAACUUCAGUGAUAUAGAGAAUUUAAAAGAAUUUGUUAACUUCAGUGAUAUAGAGAAUUUGAGAGAAGAAUUUAUUAAUUUCAGUGAUAUAGAAAAUAUAGAAGAAUUUGUUAACUUCAGUGAUAUAGAGAAUUUAGAAGAAUUUGUUAACUUAAGUGAUAUAGAGAAUUCAGAAGAAUUUGUUAACUUUAGUGAUAUAGAGAAUUUAGAAGAAUUUGUUUACUUCAGUGAUAUAGAGAUUUUGAGAGAAGAAUUUGUUAACUUCAGUGAUAUAGAGAAUUUAGAAGAAUUUGUUAACCUCAGUGAUAUAGAGAAUUCGAGAGAAGAAUUUGUUAACUUCAGUGAUAUAGAGAAUUUAGAAGAAUAUGUUAACCUCAGUGAUAUAGAGAAUUCGGGAGAAGAAUUUGUUAACUUCAGUGAUAUAGAUGAUAUAGAGAAUUUAGAAGAAUUUGUUAACUUCAGUGAUAUAGAGAAUUUAGAAGAAUUUAUUAACUUCAGUGAUAUAGAGAAUUUGAGAGAAGAAUUUGUUAACUUCAGUGAUAUAGAGAAUUCAGAAGAAUUUGUUAACUUCAGUGAUAUAGAGAAUUUGAGAAAAGAAUUUGUUAACUUCAGUGAUAUGGAGAAUUUAAAAGAAUUUGUUAACUUUAAGAAUUUGAGAGAAGAAUUUGUUAACUUCAGUGAUAUAGAGAAUUUGAGAGAAGAAUUUGUUAACUUCAGUUAUAUAGAGAAUUUGAGAGAAGAAUUUGUUAACUUUAGUGAUAUAGAGAAUUCGAGAGAAGAAUUUGUUAACUUCAGUGAUAUAGAGAAUUUGAGAGAAGAAUUUGUUAACUUCAUUGAUAUAGAGAAUUUAAAAGAAUUUGUUAACUUUAGUGAUAAAGAGAAUUUGAGAGAAGAGUUUGUUAACUUCAGUGAUAUAGAGACUUUAGAAGAAUUUGUUAACUUCAGUGAUAUAGAGAAUUUAGAAGAAUUUAUUAACUUCAGUGAUAUAGAGAAUUUGAGAGAAGAAUUUGUUAAUUUCAAGAAUUUGAGAGAAGAAUUUGUUAACUUCAGUGAUAUAGAGAACUUAGAAGAAUUUGUUAACCUCAGUGAUAUAGAGAAUUCGAGAGAAGAAUUUGUUAAUUUCAGUGAUAUAGAGAAUUCAGAAGAAUUUGUUAACUUCAGUGAUAUAGAGAAUUUGAGAAAAGAAUUUGUUAACUUCAGUGAUAUGGAGAAUUUAAAAGAAUUUGUUAACUUUAAGAAUUUGAGAGAAGAAUUUGUUAACUUCAGUGAUAUAGAGAAUUUGAGAGAAGAAUUUGUUAACUUCAGUUAUAUAGAGAAUUUGAGAGAAGAAUUUGUUAACUUUAGUGAUAUAGAGAAUUCGAGAGAAGAAUUUGUUAACUUCAGUGAUAUAGAGAAUUUGAGAGAAGAAUUUGUUAACUUCAUUGAUAUAGAGAAUUUAAAAGAAUUUGUUAACUUUAGUGAUAAAGAGAAUUUGAGAGAAGAGUUUGUUAACUUCAGUGAUAUAGAGACUUUAGAAGAAUUUGUUAACUUCAGUGAUAUAGAGAAUUUAGAAGAAUUUAUUAACUUCAGUGAUAUAGAGAAUUUGAGAGAAGAAUUUGUUAAUUUCAGUGAUAUAGAGAAUUCGAGAGAAGAAUUUGUUAACUUCAGUGAUAUAGAGAAUUUGAGAGAAGAAUUUGUUAACUUCAAGAAUUCAGAAGAAUUUGUUAACUUUAGUGAUAUAGAGAAUUUAGAAGAAUUUCUUAACUUUAGUGAUAUAGAGAAUUUAGAAGAAUUUGUUAACUUUAGUGAUAUAGAGAAUUUAGAAGAAUUUGUUAACUUCAGUGAUAUAGAGAAUUUAGAAGAAUUUGUUACGCAAGUAUUUAAACUAAUGAUCACAACCAGUAUAUGA